AUGAAAAGUCAUCAUCUCUCCCCUUCUUGGUUUAACAUAUAUAUUGAGGAAGGUUCAACAGAAAACAUUCGUCAUAAACCUGAUACAAGAGCUUUGACAAAACAAUUGACAGGAAGAAUUAGAGAAACAUAUUGGCAUAUUUAUCCAACACAACACAGUUUAUAUACAAAUAAAACACCAAUAAUACUUAAUGAAAUUACAGAAAAUACUACAAAUUCAGGAUUUGACAAUGAAGAAUAUGAUCUUAUUAUUAAAGAAGGAGACAUACUUGGAAGUGCAACUAGUUAUGAAGGAAGAUAUUAUUCAGCAAACCCUGAAACAGUUUCACGAUAUCAAAUUCUUAAUAGAUUAGGAAAUGGUAUGUUUGGACAAGUAUUUAAAGCAAAAGAUUUAAGUAAAGAAAGGGAAGUUGCUAUCAAAAUUUUAAAAUCAAAAGGAACAUAUUUUAGACAAGGAAUGUUAGAAAUAUCAAUCUUAUCUAUGUUAAAUGAUAUAUAUGAUAAAGAUGGAACAAAAAAUACAGUUAGAAUGCUUGAUCAUUUUCUUUAUUGUAAUCAUUUAUGUAUUGUAUUUGAAUUACUUGGAACAAACCUUUAUCAAAUGUUACAAAAGAAUGAAUAUCAUGGACUUAAUAUUAUAAAAGUAAAAAAAUUUAUGACACAAUUACUUGAAUGUCUUGAUGGGUUAUAUAAUGCACGUAUUGUUCAUUGUGAUAUUAAACCAGAAAAUUUAGUAUUUGACCAAACAACAAAUGGAAUUAAAGUGAUAGAUUUUGGUUCUGCUUGUUUUGACAAUUAUACUUUAUAUACAUAUGUUCAAUCAAGACAUUAUCGUGCACCAGAAAUUAUUCUUGGACUUCCUUAUAAUAAUGCUAUUGACAUGUGGAGUGCAGGAUGUAUUGCAGCAGAAUUAGUAUUAGGAAUUCCAUUAUUUCCAGGAAGUAGUGAAUUUAAUCAAUUAUUUAAAAUAACUGAUAUGUUAGGAUUACCACCAAAAAAUAUCUUAGAACAAGGAUCAAAAACUUUAUGUUAUUUUAAUAAACUAGGAUAUGAUGAAAAUGCUCAUUAUAUUAUGAAGCAACCAUUUGAAUAUGAAAUGGAAAAUAGAAUUCGAUUAGAACCAAAUAAAAAAUAUUUUAGAUUUAAAACAUUAAAAGAAUUAAUUAUGAGAAUCCCUUUAAAACUUGGAGGUGGAAUGAAAGAAGAAAUUACUAAUUUAACAGAAAUUAGACUGUCUCUUAUUCACUUUAUUGAAGGUAUGCUUCAAUAUGAUCCAAUGAAACGUUGGACUCCUUCUCAAGCAUUAUAUCAUCCUUUCUUAACUGGUCAACAAUUUACUGGACAUUGGGAACCUCCUUUAUCUGCAUCUCAACCACGACCCCCUGAAGAUGAUAUUCUCUCUGGAAUAACAAGUGAUGAAUUUGCAAAGAAAUGUUUUGGAAAUGACAUAACAUUACAUGGUUUAAAUACUGCAGAAUAUUAUGAUAUUUGUACGUCUGCAUUACAAAUGGGUGAAGUUGUCAAUAUCACAUGUCCUAAUCCAUUCCAAUUACCCCCUAUGACUCCUGAUUCUUUCAGAAAAGCAUUUGAAAAUAUUCAUAAAAGAGAACGAAGUGGAAGUGGUUCUCGUAUUACAAGAAGACGUUCUUCAUUAUUACGAAAUCAAGAAAAUCCUUAUCGUGCACAACUAAAACAACCUCACACCCCUCGUUCAAAUGGCAUUAGUCCAAUGAAAAUUGUUCAAGAAAUACAUGAAGGAGAUGAUUUCUUUGAAAAUGGUUUAACUACUGUAAGAAGGAGAUUUGAUUCUUGUAACGCUAGAAUGAAUAGAACACCACUUCAAGAGUUUAGACUCCAACGUAAUGAAAGAUUCAAACCUAAUGACGUUGGUUCUGUUAAAUUAGAAGACCGAUAUAAUAAUAAUAUUUUUAAAGAAACAGCUAUUGUACACGAACCUUCAAAUGUUAAUAUUCCUAUUGUCCCUGUUCCUAUUAGAAGAAGUGAUACUGGUCAAGACCCUUUCGAGUUUGCUCCUUUAUUCAUUUUCGGAGAGCAGUCUCAUCAAUAA